CGUGAAAUGACGCUGGAUGCUGGUCGUUCAUUCAAUCCAACGCUCAAAAAACAUAACGUGAUUGCCAUAACGUCACUUAAGAUGACACCCAGUUUAUCAGGGCAGUUUAUAUUAGAAUCCCAGACCUUUAUUGUACCGUGACCGAAUCAGUCAAAUUUCAAUGACCAAUCUGUGAGUGGAGUGAAGGUCAUUUGGCAAUCUGAGUCAUGGGGUUUUUAGGGUUCAUCAAAGGGUUCAGUAGCGUGUACAGAGCUAAACCAAGAAUCAGAGUACACCCAUCAUUUUGCCAAUAUGGUUACUGUCACAUUCAAUGCAGAACCUUUUCACACUUUAAAGAUCACGACGAUUCAGUGCUUCCAGUUUUGAUAGUCGGUGCAGGACCAGUCGGUCUCGUUCUCUCCAUUCUUCUUACAAAACUAGGGGUAAAAUGCUCUGUUUUGGAGAAGAGCAAGUCCUUUUCACACCAUCCUCAGGCACACUUCAUCAACAAUCGGUCUAUGGAGGUGUUUCGCAAGCUGGAUGGCCUUGCGGAGGAGAUUCAAAGGUCACAACCACCUGUAGAUUUAUGGAGGAAGUUCGUAUAUUGUACUUCUCUCACUGGUCCAGUUCUUGGGUCAGUGGAUCAUAUGCAACCUCAAGAUUUUGAAAAAGUUGUCAGCCCAGUGUCUGUCGCACACUUCUCUCAGUACAAAUUAAUUAGAUUACUGUUAAAGAAGCUAGAAGAUCUCAACUUCCAUAUUUGUAAACCUGAAGGGCUUAAUGAUGAGCCCUUCAGGGGUGGGGAGUUAUUAAUGGGGCACGAGUGUGUAAAGAUCAAUGCCACUGGUCAAUCUGUAAAUGUAACUGCUUCUCAUCUCAAGGAAGGGAAGUACACAGAGAGAAAUAUUAGCUGCAAUAUCCUUGUUGGAACAGAUGGUGCAGGAAGUACUACACGGAAGCUUGCAGGAAUAGAACUGAGAGGUGAAAAAGACCUGCAAAAGCUUGUCAGUGUUCAUUUUUUAAGCAGAGACCUUGGACAAUACUUACUCAAUGAGAGACCUGGAAUGUUGUUCUUUAUCUUCAAUACCGAAGCUAUUGGAGUCCUUGUUGCUCAUGAUCUCAUGCAAGGAGAAUUCGUAUUGCAGAUGCCAUUCUAUCCACCCCAGCAGAGCCUUGAUGAUUUCAGCCCCGAGACAUGCAAACACCUCAUCUUGAAAUUGGUUGGUCAAGAGCUUUCAGACAUUGAUGUGAUUGAUAUAAAGCCAUGGGUGAUGCAUGCUGAAGUUGCAGAAAAGUUUGUGAGCUGCGACAAUCGAAUAAUACUUGCUGGGGAUGCUGCUCAUCGAUUCCCCCCAGCUGGUGGUUUUGGAAUGAAUACUGGCAUUCAGGAUGCUCAUAAUCUCGCCUGGAAAAUAGCUGCUCUUGUAAAGGGUAUUGCACCGUCUUCAAUACUUCAUACUUAUGAAACAGAACGUAGGCCGAUUGCAAUUUUUAACACAGCACUGAGCGUCCAAAACUUCAGAGCAGCCAUGGCAGUUCCUGCUACACUUGGUCUUGACCCAACCGUUGCAAAUUCAGUGCAUCAAACCAUUACUGAUGGAGUUGGUUCCAUUUUGCCAUCUGGAUUACAGAGGGCAAUUUUGGAUGGAAUUUUCACAAUAGGUCGUGCACAGCUUUCAGAAUUUCUUCUAAAUGAGAAAAACCUACUGGGGUCUUCAAGGCUUGCUAAACUAAGGCGUUUAUUUGAAGAGGGAAAGAGCCUUCAGCUGCAGUUUCCUGCCGAGGAUCUUGGCUUCAGGUACCUUGAAGGAGCACUCAUUCCUGACAGUGACAGUGUGGGUACUCAAGAACCACCAACUGGUCGUCGGAGGGACUAUAUCCCUUCUUCAGAUCCAGGGUCAAGGCUGCCUCAUAUGAAUGUGCGCAUGUUGUCCAAUUCUUCUAGUGAGGCAUGCAUUUCUACACUUGAUCUUUUGCCUUUGGACAAAGUUGAGUUUCUACUCUUCAUAGCACCACUUGAAAAGUCCUACCACCUUGCUGUUGCUGCCCUGAAGGUGGCUGAGGAAUUCAAAGUUUCUGUUAAGGUUUGCAUACUGUGGCCUACCGAAACUGUUAAAGGAGCUGAAGCGAGGAGUAAGACAGCAAUGGCGCCAUGGGAGAACUAUAUAGAUGUUGCAGAAGCUAAGAAAUCGUCAAAUUCAUCUUCAUGGUGGAGCAUGUGUCAAAUGACUGAGAAAGGAGCAAUUUUAGUUAGGCCCGAUGAACAUAUUGCUUGGCGUGCAAAGUCAGGUCUUGAUGAUGAUCCAAUUUUACAAAUGAAAAGUGUUUUUUCUGCAAUAUUGAAGGUAUAACAACUCAAUAUAUAAGAAACAUGCUUAGAAGACAUAGGAUUUCUGUGCGUGCAUGUGGGGCGAAGUCCUCCACUUGAAAGCACAAUUACACUGGUGCUGUGUAUAUUUCCCAUUGGAAUGCUAUAUGGUGACCUCCGCUUCUUUAUGGAAAGAUCCUUUUGAGCAAUUGAAGAGACAUUGGUUGUAUGCAGAA